AUGGAGCUGGCGGACGGCGUGGUGUACCAGGAAGACCCGGGCGGCCCCGGCCCCGCCAUGAUGUCGGAGCGGGUGUCGGGGCUGGCGGGCUCCAUCUACCGCGAGUUCGAGCGGCUGAUCGGGCGCUACGACGAGGAGGUGGUGGCCGAGCUGAUGCCGCUGGUGGUGGCGGUGCUGGAGAACCUGGACUCGGUGUGCGCGCACAGCCAGGAGGCCAGCGUGGAGCUGGAGCUGCUGCGGGACGACAACGAGCAGCUGCUCACCCAGUACGAGCGCGAGAAGGCGCUGCGCAAGCAGGCCGAGGAGAAAUUCAUUGAAUUUGAAGAUUCUCAAGAACAAGAAAAAAAGGACUUACAGACCCGAGUGGAAUCAUUAGAAUCACAAACACGACAGCUUGAGCUGAAAGCAAAAAAUUAUGCUGAUCAAAUUAGCAGACUUGAGGAGAGGGAGGCAGAACUGAAGAAAGAAUACAAUGCACUUCAUUCAAGACAUACAGAGAUGAUUCACAAUUAUAUGGAACACUUGGAAAGAACCAAACUUCAUCAACUAACGGGGGGUGAUCUGCUAGAAUCCACCACACACGGUAGAAUUAGAAAAGAGCGUCCUAUAUCACUGGGCAUCUUCCCAUUACCUCCAGGAGAUGCACUGCUUACACCUGAGACUCAAAGAGAAGGAGGGGAAACACCUGGGUCAGAGCACUGGAAAUUCCAUGAGCUAAGCCAGCCACGCUCCCACACCAGCCUAAAGGAUGAACUUUCUGAUGUUAGUCAAGGAGGCUCAAAAUCUACUACCCCAGCAUCAACAGCUGCUUCAGAUGUGCCUGGGUUAUCUGCUGAAACUCCCCUGAAAGAGGAUAAUGAAGGGCUUGCAAAGAGUGCAGAUGCACUGAAGAAGAAAUCAGAUGUAAGCAAGCACAUUGAAGUGCAGGUAGCUCAAGAAACAAGAACUGUGUCCAUCGGUGCUAAUGAAAAUGAAGAAAAAUCUGAAGUUCAGGCAAUCAUCGAGUCCACGCCAGAGCUGGAUAUGGAUAAAGACCUCAGUGGAUAUAAAGGUUCAAGCACGCCUACCAAAGGUAUAGAGAACAAAGCAUUUGAUCGUAAUACAGAAUCUCUCUUCGAAGAGCUGUCUUCUGCUGGCUCUGGCCUAAUUGGAGAUGUGGAUGAAGGAGCAGAUUUAUUGGGAAUGGGCCGUGAAGUUGAAAAUCUUAUUCUGGAGAACACCCAGCUAUUGGAGACCAAAAAUGCGCUGAAUGUGGUAAAGAAUGAUUUGAUAGCAAAAGUGGAUGAACUGACCUGUGAGAAGGAUGUACUGCAUGGAGAACUAGAAGCUGUAAAACAAGCUAAGCAGAAGCUUGAAGAGAAGAACAAGGAAUUAGAAGAAGAGCUUAGAAAAGCUCGUGCAGAAGCAGAGGAAGCAAGACAAAAAGCGAAAGAGGAUGAUGAUAGUGAUGUUCCCACUGCUCAGAGGAAACGUUUUACACGUGUUGAAAUGGCCCGUGUCCUGAUGGAAAGAAAUCAAUAUAAAGAGCGGCUGAUGGAGCUUCAGGAAGCUGUGCGAUGGACUGAAAUGAUAAGAGCGUCAAGAGAAAAUCCAGCCAUGCAAGAAAAGAAGAGAUCAAGCAUUUGGCAGUUCAUGCCAACUCGUUUCAGCAGGCUGUUCAGUUCAUCAAGCAAUACUGCUAAGAAACCAGAACCACCUGUUAAUCUUAAGUAUAAUGCUCCAACUUCACAUAUUACUCCAUCAGUCAAGAAAAGAAGCAGCACCUUAUCUCAGUUACCUAGUGACAAAUCUAAAGCCUUUGAUUUCCUCAGUGAAGAAUCUGAAGCCAAUUUAGCCUCACGCAGAGAACAGAAACGAGAACAAUACCGCCAAGUGAAAGCACAUGUUCAAAAGGAAGAUGGUAGAGUGCAAGCUUUUGGCUGGAGUCUGCCUCAGAAGUACAAACAGGUAGCAAAUGGUGGUCAGGGUGAUAACAAGAUGAAGAAUUUGCCUGUGCCUGUCUAUCUGAGACCCUUAGAUGAAAAGGAUACAUCUAUGAAGCUUUGGUGUGCUGUAGGGGUGAACUUAUCAGGAGGGAAGACAAGAGAUGGAGGCUCUGUGGUUGGUGCCAGUGUAUUCUACAAUGAUGUAGCAGGUUCGGAUGCAGAUGGGAACAAGCACCAAACAGGAUCUCAGAGUAGCUUAGAUAGACUAGACCAGGAACUCAAGGAGCAGCAGAAGCAGCUGAAACAUCAGGAAGAAUUAUCCAGUCUAGUUUGGAUCUGUACUAGCACACACUCCGCUACAAAAGUGAUUAUUGUUGAUGCUAACCAGCCGGGAAACAUCCUAGACAAUUUUAUUGUUUGCAAUUCUCACGUUCUUUGUAUUGCUAGCAUUCCAGGGGCUAGAGAAACGGAUUAUCCUGUAGGAGAGGAAGGGUCACAAGAAGCAGACUCCAAUCAGGUGGACAAGACCUCUUUGUGUGGAAGUAUGACAAGCAACAGCUCAGCAGAAACUGAUAGCCUGUUAGGAGGAAUCACAGUGGUUGGUUGUACUGCAGAGGGUAUUACAGGAUCUCUCAUAACGCACAAUGCUAAUGGUGCCUCAUCUGUGACAGAUAAACAGCCAGAAACUGCAGCUGAAAGUAAUGUGGUAGAUGAAAACGUUCCAACUGCAGAGGAAGCAACGGAGGCGACAGAAGUCAGUGCUGGGUCAGGAGAAGAUUUAGCUGAUCCAGCCCAAACCGGAGUGUAUACAGAGCAUGUCUUCACAGAUCCUUUGGGGGUGCAGAAUACAACAGAGGGUUCUCCAGUAUACCAGCCUAGUAGUGAGUCGGACUUGUGUAAAGAUGUGGUAGAAUUGCCAAAUGAGCAAGAUCUAGUGAGAGAAGAAGCACAGAAAAUGAGCAGCCUUUUACCUACAAUGUGGCUUGGAGCACAGAAUGGAUGCUUGUAUGUUCAUUCUUCAGUGGCCCAGUGGAGGAAAUGUGUUCAUGCCAUUAAACUUAAAGAUUCUAUUCUCAGUAUUGUACAUGUAAAAGGAAUAGUAUUAGUUGCACUAGCUGAUGGAACGUUAGCAAUAUUUCACAGAGGAGUUGAUGGUCAGUGGGACUUGACAAACUAUCACCUCUUAGACCUGGGCCGACCUCAUCACUCCAUCCGAUGCAUGACUGUUGUACAUGAUAAAGUCUGGUGUGGCUACAGGAACAAAAUCUAUGUUGUUCAACCAAAGGCCAUGAAAAUAGAGAAAUCGUUUGAUGCACACCCAAGGAAAGAGAGCCAAGUGAGACAGCUGGCCUGGGUGGGUGAUGGGGUGUGGGUCUCUAUUCGUUUGGAUUCCACACUCCGACUCUAUCACGCACACACAUAUCAGCAUCUACAAGAUGUGGACAUUGAACCCUAUGUAAGCAAAAUGCUAGGUACUGGAAAACUAGGCUUCUCAUUUGUGAGAAUCACAGCUCUUAUGGUGUCUUGUAAUCGUUUGUGGGUGGGAACAGGAAAUGGUGUCAUCAUCUCCAUUCCAUUAACAGAAACUAAUAAAACAACAGCAGGCUCUGGAAACCGUCCUGGGAGUGUUAUACGUGUAUAUGGGGAUGAAAACAGUGAUAAAGUGACUCCUGGAACAUUCAUACCAUAUUGUUCAAUGGCACAUGCACAGCUUUGCUUCCAUGGGCACCGUGAUGCUGUUAAGUUCUUUGUUGCAGUACCUGGUCAAGUUGUUUGCCCAGCCAACAGUGGUGGAGCAGAACUAUCAGGUGAUAAAUCUGCCCAAGAAUUCUUCAGCCAAACUCCCUUAAAAUCUAUGUUGGUGAUAAGUGGAGGAGAGGGAUAUAUUGACUUCAGGAUGGGUGAUGAAGGUGGGGAAUCUGAACUUCUUGGAGAAGCUCUGCAACUUGAACCUUCUGUAGCCAAAGCUGAGAGGAGUCACCUGAUAGUGUGGCAAGUAAUGUAUGGCAAUGAGUGA